AUUGUAAGAUGAUACGAAAACGGGCGCUCGCCAUGUGACCAAUACAAGGUGCGAGCUACGCUUCGCCAUGUCAUGACUCUCGGCUGGAACGCUGGAAGGGCUUGCGAGUCGCCUGGAGCGAAAUCGCCCCCGCUGGGCCAGUUCCUCUUUUGCGGUGAGUUGGGCGGUCCACAGGAAGUGAAUCUGCCAAAGAAGGUGCUACCCUCCUUGCAAAGCUUGGAGAGGCAGCUUCAGGAACUGGAGCACAACCUCAGGAUAAGGCAAGUGCGUUCUACACCUCAGUUGCGGGUGCCCAGCUUGCCGGCUCUCAAGCCCAAGGCUCCGGUUUUUCCAGGGAAGGAGGCUCCGAAGGAGGCUCCCAAGGCAAAACUGCCCGCGCUGAGGGCCCAGCCGAGCCGAGGCGUCCCGGAGCAGCCGGAGGUCCGGCGAUCCGCGAGGCCCCGACAGGAGGGCCGGCCGGCUCCAGCCGUUCCAAAGGCUUCGCCGGAGCUCAAGAAGCGUGAACGGAGACAGGCUGAGAAGCAAAAGGAAAAGGAGGUGGGCCUUCAGGAGGUGUUCAAACUGCUGGAGAGUGUAAAUCGCAAGGCAGAGCCGGUGAAGUCGAACCGAAAGUCCAAGGAGCCCAAGAAAGCCUUGGAGAGCGCUCAAACGCCGAUUCAGGCGCAAAAGGUUCUGGAUGAAGUGCCACCGAUAGCCGAUCCAUCCAACGAGGCUGAGCUGAUCAAGUCGGAUGCAACAAGCUCGGAGGAGCCGAAGAAAGCGUUGGAGGCGUCACCUAGCGAGGGUGCUCCUACAUCGGAGGCAGAGCCGGUCGAGCCAGACCUGGCAGAGGCCGCAGAGGCCGCAGAGGAGCCAAAGAAAGCGUUGGAGGAGAGCGCUCAAACGCCGGUUGAGGCGGGCGUCGAUCUGCGCAGAGCAAGUGCUGAAGCGUCACCUAGCGAGGGUGCACCUACAUCGGAGGCAGAGCCGGUCGAGCCAGACCUGGCAGAGGCCGCAGAGGCCGCAGAGGAGCCCAAGAAAGCGUUGGAGGAGAGCGCUCAAGCGCCGGUUGAGGCGUCACCUAGCGAGGGUGCACCUACAUCGGAGGAGCCCAAGAAAGUGUUGGAGGAGAGCGGUCAAACGCUGGUUGAGGCAUCGCCCGGCGAGGGUAUAGCAACAGCGGACGAGGCAAGCCCGUCCAUCGCCAUCACGCCUCCUGAUUCGUAUCAAGAUGAGGACUUCUACUCCGAGUCUUUCGCAUCCUUCUCCGAGCAUUUUGAGGCUGCGGAGGAUUCCGCGGCCGAGGAAUCCUACGCGACCCCAUCGGAGGGUACUGGGGAGGUCUCGGUCGCAACGCCAGUGAGCGCCAGAAGCUCGGAAAGCUCCAGGA